UCGGUUUUCAAGUUGUAUACAUUAUAUAUAGAUUACGGAUCUGAGCUAAUCGGUCGGCUAUAUAAGAGGGUGACGGUGAUCGAUCAGCUUAGAGAGCCGCAUAAUGAAGAGCCUGACGCUAUUGGCGCUAUUGUUCUUGGCCACGUUGGCCUUUGUCCACGCUGGCAAGGUGUCCAUCAACGGCAAGUGCGUGAACUGCUCUCAUGAUCAAACGACUACCACCACCACCCGCAAGCCCUCAACUGGAAAAGGAGGUAGAGGAAGGACCACAGCCAAGCCCAGUUCCAGGUCACCUCCAGCCCGCGGUCGCUCGUCCUGGGAAGAGGAUGAUGAUGAUGAUCUGGCCGGCGGCUGGUCCCUGCAUCAAUCGGCUGGAGGAACUCAGUACAUUGGCAGGCGUUCCAAACGCCAACUGCGCGGUGGUCAGUACAUCGAUUUGGGCGGAUCUGGCGGAAGGGGUGGAGGUGGAGGGGGAGGCUGGGCAGGAUCUGGCAUAACCACCAUCGAUUCCAGUGGCUAUCCCGGCGGAACUCUGGUGCGCAACAGUGACUGCGUCGGAUGUAAUAUUCGUGGAUAAAGUCAAUAAAUUCUUGAAAUAAUAACAAAUACUA